AGUGCAUUUUAUUUGCCGUUUAGUGACAGUCCAGCUGCACUUGAUAGACACAAGCUACCUUGACUAUUCUGCAGCGAAGAUCGGCAUGGCGACCCCAUACACAUCACCUCAAACCUACAUUGAUGAGUUUGGCGCUUUAGAUUAUUGCAAAGCAUACUAUGACCCCAAAGAAGAAACAUAUGCCAGAGAAUGGGUUGAUUUUGCUUUGCAGAAUUUUCACGAAGCUUUCACUUCAGGUGGUGUUAAAGGAGACCUACUAAUUGAUUUUGGCGGUGGACCCGCAAUUUAUCAUCUUCUCUCUGCUUGUGAAGUUUUCAACAACAUCAUCAGUUCUGACUUUGUAGAGAAUAACCGAGCAGAGGUAGAGAAGUGGUUGAGGAAUGAUCCCGAUGCGUUUGACUGGACUCCAAUUGUCAAGAUGGUGUGUGAACUGGAAGGUAAUAGUGACAUUGAGAGCUGUAAGAAGAAAGAAGAAAAACUAAGGAAAACGGUGACAAAGGUUCUGACAUGUGAUGCUCUGAAGAAGAACCCAUAUGACCCGGUGGAGAUGCCACAAGCUGAUUGUAUUAUUAGUUGCCUCUGUUUAGAAGCAGCCUGCAAAGAUGUGGAAUCCUUCACCAAUGCUUUGAGGAACCUUAAAGCCCUAAUUAAACCAGGGGGUCACAUAAUAAUUCAGAGUGCGCUUAACUGUUCCUACUACAAUGUUGGAAAAAAGAGAUUCUUCUGUCUGGCCAUUACUAAGGAAGAUCUUGAGAAGGCAUAUAGGGAUGCUGGCUAUGAAAUUGUGAAACUAAAGGCCAUUCCAUUCACUGAAAAGCGAAGCAUGGACUUGGCUGAUGAGAAUGGCUAUUACUCUAUCCAUGCCCGUAAGCCAUGCUCAUAGGGAAAACUACCUUAUGAAGUAUAGUACACAGCACAUACUGUAUACCCAGGUCCUAAUCAGCAAUUUCUCCUUUACAAAUUAAUGGUAUAAUCAGCAAAGCUAGGGAAACUACAUAGAUCGGGUAAAGGCUUUUAACAAGUGUAAAUGUAUUAAAA